AGGAUAAUGAUUUAAUUUUUAUUGCAGAUGGGUGAGCCGUUGGGUUUGAGCAACAGCGAAGUUCGUAAACUUUGCAAAACACCAGAUCCCUCGACAAAUGGGUUUAUAAUGCAGCAAACAAUGUAUCGUAUAAAAGAUCCAAGAAGAUCCUUGCCUUUCUACACCGAAGUGCUUGGGAUGACCCUAUUGCAAAAGCUCGACUUUCCAGAAAUGCAAUUUUCUCUGUAUUUUCUUGGAUAUGAGGACCAGAAAGAAAUACCACUUGAUCGUAGAGAAAGUAUCGAAUGGACAUUCCGUCAAAAAGCCACCAUAGAAUUAACACAUAAUUGGGGAACAGAGACAGAUCCAGAUGUCAAAUAUUACAAUGGAAAUGCAGAUCCCAAAGGAUUUGGUCACAUUGGAAUAGCAGUACCUGAUGUUGACAAAGCGUGCCAGAGGUUCGAAAUGUAUGGCGUGGAAUUCGUGAAGAAACCAAAUGAUGGCAAGAUGAAGGGAAUAGCCUUUAUUAAAGAUCCCGAUGGUUAUUGGAUUGAGAUAUUACAUGGCGCUAAUAUUGCCAAUUAUAUGUUAGGUGCUUAAUAUAUAUCUUGCAUUGGAGCAAUAAGUCCCUAAAUUCUAUGUAAUUCAAUGUAUUGAAUGUAAUGUUCUAUCAUGUAACAAACCAAUCAGAGAUCAUUAUCAAAAGAAAUAUAUUACUAUUAUUGGUAUAUAUAAUAUAUAUUAUAUAAAAUCAGUAUAGAUGUGAGAGAGAAAAAAGAAAACCAGAACCACAAUAUAAGUUAAUGCGAGU